AUGGCGGCCAGCGGUGGGGCCCCAGCCGCACCGAAGCCGGCUCAAAAUAUUGAGUUGGAGCUCAAAGGAGUCUUGUCAAGCGACCUCGACUUCAAAGGCGAAUUCGCGUUUGGCAAGCCCUUCCCCGAUGCCCCAAAUCCAUGUCUUGACCUCGAGGACAUUGGACUUGUUGGACUACCGCUUUCUCCCGCAAUGGCACGAUCUGUCAUCGGGAAAUGUCGCCAAGCGCCGUUUGGCAAGGGCGAGCGCACGAUUGUCGACACAGAAGUCCGUGAUACCUGGGAGAUGGACGCGACAAAGAUCAAAUUCUCCAAUGCUGCUUGGGGCCCAUUCAUGGACCGGGUCGUCCGCGAGGUCUGCCAAACCUUGGGGGUGAACUUUGCUGCAAGCAAACCGCGUGCGGAGUUGUACAAGUUGUUGGUAUAUGAGACCGGCUCACACUUCUUACCCCAUGUCGACACGGAGAAAGCGAAUGGGAUGUUUGCUUCAAUUGUGGUGGUCCUGCCAUCUUUAUUCACAGGUGGUGACGCACAUACGAGCCACUCGGGCACAAAAAAUCUCCUCAACUCCAGCAACAAUAGUAUGACCACAACGACAGUCCUGGCUUGGUACACCGACGUCACCCACGAAAUCAAACCAAUCACAAGUGGUUAUCGCUUCGCUCUCACCUACAACUUGGUCCAUACGACGACGGCAAUUCGACCUGCACUGUCAUCUGCAGACGGCGCCAUGACCAAACUGCGUGCAAUAUUCAAUUCAUGGAACGAGAAUAAAAAUGCGCCAGAGAAGAUAUUUUACCUUCUCGGACAUCAUUACUCGCAAGUAAAUUUGUCAGCUAGUGCGCUCAAGAGUUCCGAUGCGCAUAUUAUGGCAAUUUUGGAUACGUUGGCCAAGGAGAUAGGGUUCGGCCUUGGGCUAGCCAAUCUCGAACUUAGACAGAGUGGUUCGGCAGACGACGAUGGUGGCUAUGGGCGUUAUGGACGUUAUGGGCGCUAUGGAGGCUAUUCAGAUGAAGAGAUUGAUGACAACGACGUCGGUUUCAUGGAGAUUGAAGAAACCACAACGACCUUCGAAAACUUCGUGGACCCCGACGGCAAUGCGAUUAACUAUGAUGAAGACCUGGAAAUUGACGGCAGUCUUCAGCGAGAACUGGAACGCAGGGGAGAUUACGAGCAGGACUAUGAGGGUUAUAUGGGCAAUGGCGCAGGCUCGCUAGAGCGAUUUUAUCGCAGUUCAGUGCUAGUGAUUUGGCCACGAUGGUCCCAUGUUGGUGGUGGGGGUGGUGACCGUCGGGCUGUCGGUGCAUUGGAACGUCUCGAGACAUUGAACAGCGAUAGCCCAACCCCAGAGGAGCUCGUUGACUUCAAGUACGUCUGCAGUGUCGUCAAAGAUUUGGCGGACGAAGACCAGUCGACAGCUGUGGAACGAUUGUUUGCAGCGGCUAUUUUAUGGCAUGACGCAGUGCUCUGGACUGAAGCUGUCGCUCAGUGUUGCGCCCCCGAUAUGUCGCUGGAUGCGGUUACCGAAGACGAUAUGCACGAUGCGCGAGCAACUUUUGGGUUCAGUGUCAUGUCUUAUAGUCUUCGCCCAGUUAUCCUCGGACAUAAGUCGAACGAACGACUCCAGUUCGUUCAAAACUUGAAAGCUCUGCAAGAGGAUGAGCGAGAUAACGACGGAUUGGCGAUCGGGAGCUUUAUCCGUGAAAUGUUGAAAGAGGUACUCGACAACAUGCGGCCGUAUUCCUCACUGGCGGAAUUGCAAUCGUUCUCGAAAGAGAUGUUGGCGGAAGGAGGAGCGUCGAUGCUGCUUGACAGGUUGCUUCCACAACUUUCAAAGCUUACCACGAGCUUCAACGUCGGUGUCUUCGAAAAAUUCAUUGACUGGUUACAUGGGGAAUGGGACCUGACAACGACGACUGUUGCCGACGACGAAGUAGCCUCGCGCAACACCGUGAUGACAAGCUUGCUGGGAAUUCUUUUGCCGAUGAAGACCCUGUUCGCCACCAAGAUUAUUGAAGCGCCAAACCCGGGCUACGGCUACGGAUAUUAUGGCUCUAAAAGCACAGUUGUGCAAGGCGAUUCAGCGCCGGCUCUCGCCUUGAUCACCAAAUGUCUUGAUUAUGGGAAUCCCCAACUAGCUGUCUCUCUGGUCGAGAGCAUCAAUGCCGGCGCGACUAAACGGGCCGCUGACUCCGCCAAACCGAACCCCGGGCCAGCCAAUACUGCGUUGGUCGGCGUGCGUCCGGUCGACCCUCUCCAGAAAGAAUGGCAAGAUGCACAGGCUAGUGUGGCCAUUGUUCCUGGAAUUGUUUUUACUCUCGUUCCUGCCGUGAAGGAUUUAUUCCAGAACCGCGCGCCUGAAAUCAAUCUCGAUACUCAACUGAUGCAAAUGGCGCAAACUGCAGUCGACAUCAAACUCAAUGCCGCCAAAGCUGGUGGAGUUGUCAAACGCGAAGAGCUUGCAAAACUCCUCGAUGUUACCAAGGCCCUAAGCAAUUCGGAUGCUCUUUUGACGAGCAUCAUCUCUACUUUGAAAUCGCUGCCUUGGAAUGAGGCAAGUUGGAUUGCGUGCAUGGAGGAAUUUCAGACUAGACGACAAUCGAAGGAGGCAACUUUUGGGCCCCCUGUCCUCGAAAUGAUCAUGGUAUAUGCUCAAAAAGUAGCUUUGCCGGCAGUUCCAACGCACAAUUACUAUGGUGGAGGCGCCAACAUCAACGUCGCCGUCUCCAUCACCGCUCUGCACCUAUCCUCGCGAAUGGGCGGCCUUGCCGCCGUUUCCCUGGUUAUAAAUCGUAUCAUGCGACCCGCCACGACCACAGAAGCCUAUGUUACCCAGUGUUUGGUGCCAUUAAUUCCCGAGCUCAAGAUUCUUGCAAACUCGAACAACGUAUCCCUUGCUACCUCGCCGUUCUCGCUAGCGUUUCGAUUAAUCGUCGCAGCGUGGAUGGACAAAGUUCUUGGUCAGAAGCCGAAUCUCAAUCGCGUCAAAGAGUUUUCAGACAAGAUCAAGCGGGUAACUUGCAAAUGCACGUACUGCACUCAAGUUCUGCGCUUUUUGCAGUCGUCCGAUCAGCAAUCGACGCAUAUUUCACGGGUUGGGGCACCUAAUGUGAAGCAUGUUACUCGGGAAUUUGGCGGGAGGUUUGGCAACGAUGUCAAACUAGAGGUUAUUCGCAGCAGUCCACAGGGAUUGUCGGUCAACAAAGCGUCUGAACUGGCGAGAGCGGCCAAGUGGGGCGGCCUGUUGACGCAGGGAAGGGGCUUGCUCGCGUCGAUUGGCUCUGACGCUGUGCUGAAGAGCAUUUGGGGCGAUUCCUACCCUGCAGCGUUGCACGAACUCUUGACAAAGGACCAACGCAACGCGGUUAUCACUCAGGGUGCUCCAGCACAGGCUGGACCAUCCCAACCUCGGAUGCCAAAUAAUACCCAAUUAGCUGGGACGGCCGUCCCUGCAAUCCCUGCGAAAAGGAAAAGUAUGGAAGGGGUGGGUGCUGCCUCCAAGAAACAAAAGGUGACCAAGAAGUCAACGGACGUAAUUGAAAUUUCGGAUUAA